CGGUAACCCACAGACGAAAAAUCACAAGGAGUAGUUGUGUCUCUCUCUAUGAUACUUGAAAGAUCGAGAGUCAAAACGAGGUAGUCCAUCGAGAUCCCGUACUACGGUUUUUCGUCCUUCCGUCGGUGACUGUUCAGAUCUGCAGAUUCUCCUUCAGGAAUGUCUCGAAUGUUCAGACGACGACGUUAACACAAUCGUACAUGAAUACACAUAUUGAUGGACAGAUAUACAGAAGGAUAUAGCCUGAUUAAGCAGAUAGAGAUGGACAGACAUACAAGGGUACACGGCUGGUUAGAUGGGUAGUGAAAGGCCGACGGGAGUGUAGGUUAACACAGACGCACGAUGUAUCGAGGGAAAUUGAGAGGGCAGGAGAGAAAGAAAAAGAAGUGAUGGACUGCCGGAGAAGGGGGUUUCUGCUGAAGUCAAGGGGACGUUCAAGGCAUCACAGGUCUUGUUUGAGCAACAGAUCUCUCGACGCGAAUCUGUCGCAGCUCGAUUGUACGAGCGGAGACACCGCAGGUCUGAGCGCCGACAAAGUCGAGUACCGGCAAAAGGAGGAAAUUUGAAAGACAACCAGAUUCUUCGCCUCUCAGAAGGGAAAAUUUCCGUAUCAGUUGGCGUUCUGGUGCAGUAAACGUUGGCAAUUUCCACGAGAAAACACUCUGUGCAUUUUCACCAGCUUGCAUGCACAUCUCGAUGCAUGUACGCCUACAGACGACAGAGCAAACAGGUGAGUCUCCGCGACCCUGGUCUACGAGGUCGCCCUCAGCAGAGAUCCUUUUUCUCUUCUUGGUCUCACGCGCUUGUCUCAUCGGAAGUUCUCCCUGUAAAUCACAACAUCUAGGAGCAGGAAAGACACUACCGGAAGAAGCUGUGACGAACGGACACAGAUUCACACCCAGACAGCGGGAGAUCAGCCCUCCUGGCAGCGACCAGUCCAGGGCAAAACGAAGACACGCACAAAAUACCGCUGUCAGUGAUUACCCUUGUUUGCGUGUGCUGGCGGGAAUUCACGACUUCGGCAAUUUUCUUCCGUGCGUCGAUCCUGACGCACCUCUGGGACAUGGAGAAGUAAAACUUGCCAGCGUCUCUAUCCCUCUGUUCAAACCAGAGAAAAUGGCACUUUCGCGGGCCUCUCAGCUCUUCUCUGCAAGCGGCCUCGCUGCGGCGGCUCUCUCCUUCUGCGGGGGAUGGUACUGCAGACAAACUCUCUCCGGUGUAUCCCGUCCUUCCCCUCGUGCUCCUCCCCCUCGUUCGUCUUUUUCUGCGUCUUCUUCUUCGUCUGCUUCUUGUCUCCAGGCUCCGUUUUCUCAAGGGACGAGAGAGGGAUCGAGGAGAGGGCCAUCUGGUGGCCAUGGCCUGCUGGUCACGCGCCGCAUUAUCGUGCCACUGCAAGAAGUCAAUGAGUUUGCAACGUUUCUGAACGCACUCGCGGGCUACAACACUCAGCAGAGCGGCUUUCUUUCUCAUUCAAUCUAUGUCCACGAAGUAGUUUCGUCUGCGUCUUCUCGGGAUGAAGGAAAUGGUGUGGUUGCGCUGGAGAUUUUGAUGUUCGAAGAGUGGGCUGAUCCAUUGGCAGCCAAGGCCGCUUUAACCUGUGCGGAGAUCAAGAAUAGCUUGGAGCAGGCAAAGAAACGCGGCUGGGAUUUGAGAGGAGAAGUCUGGGUGGGCCUCUCUGGAGCAGACGCACACCGCCAGGAAGCGUAGCAAAGUGCAGGGAGAACGACAUCGGCGAAAGGCUUCGCUUUCUCUGCAUUUCGACACAAAAGUCGCGUUUCGUCCUCGAUCGACUAUUGACUGUUUUUUGAAUCUUGAGCAAGCAAACACACAUGAAAAGAUAGAGGCGUAUAGUUAUACUCGCGGGUGUUUAGGUUCUAUGUGAAUACGCCUGUCUUCUGUCUGGACAAGGGGGGUCACUUAUCUACUUCGUUGAAGUCGAUAUUGACCUCCGACUGUAUUGGUCUGUGCUGUUUUACAUGCAGUACCCGUCAUUGUUAUCGCAUAUUUCCCUUUUUGUGGCUUCGUAUCUGCAUCUGUCUACUUGCGAAUUCCACUUUACGUGGUAAAGAGUCCCUCUGUUCCUCUCGAUAUUUAGUCCCUGCAUCCCCUCCGACGGAUGGGAAACACUCUGGCCCUUCCUUGUCGAGUUUUUUACGCAGACAUAAUAUUGACGUGGUGUAACAAGCACGCUAACACUUACACAUGUACAAAUAUGCGUAAGUGCACAAAAUUUGUAUGAAUUUAUCUGCAUAAUAUAGAUUUUCAAAGCGUGCUCGUGCGUGUCUAUCUGUAACUUUGUCGUCGUAGAUUGGUGGCAUUAGUGUGCAUGAUGAUGGUAUUCGUAGCGAUGUUCCAUUUUCUUGAUUCUCCUCUUGUAGUCUACAUUUCUGUUGAUUUGAUUCCCGUGGCUUCAGCAAAACAACCGUGGAGUCACCCAUUUUCUGUUCUCUCUCGUCCUGGAGACGAAAAACAGGAUGGUUUCUCUCGCCCCGCAGUCAAAGAAGUCAUUUCCGCUGGUUGUCCGAAAGUUGCUCGGAAAUCCCAAAGCUACUUCCGAGAAACAAAUAUGUUUUUCUUUCGUCCGUGUACGCUCUAUGCUUCGAGGUAGUCUCUAUAGCUACGUGUGCUUCUGCUGAGUGGAAGUCACAGAUUUGGGGGGGCAGGAAAAGCGGCAGUUAGGUACCGGUUACAAAGGUUGUUUCCUUCAUGCAUAGACAACCUCUAUCUAUCCACGUUCUCUACCGUGUCUGUGAGUUGGAGAGUCGCAACGCAUCAGCCC